AUGGAAACUCAAGCGUUCGAAUUUCCAAUGUUAUUCCUCUUAAUUCACUUCUCCAUUUACCUCGUCGGCUACUUCAUCGUCUUCCGCAAAUGGAGCCCCGAGACCCGACCCGAAGCCUCCAGCUGCUUCAUGUCCCUCUUCCACGGCACUCCCGCGGCGGUCGUCGCCACCGCCGCCAUCCUCUCCGCCCGCAGCAGCAACCUCGCCGCCGCCAACACCAGAUUCCAGAACCUCGUACUCGACUACAGCACCGCGUACUUUGUCGCGGACCUCGUCCACCUCGCCGUCUUCUUCGGCGGCGCCGAUGACGCAAUGUUCCUCACGCACCACCUCGCCACGCUCUUCGUGCUCGUCACGUGCCGCGACGUGGCCGCCCAUGGCGCCGUGGCGGUGCUCGCCCUCCUGGCCCUCGGGGAGGCCACGAACGCGUUCCUGGACGCGUGGAUGCUGGCACGUGCGAGGCGGAGCGAGGCGCCGCGAGCGGCGAGGGUGUGUGACGCCCUUACGGUGCCGUUUUGCUGCUUGUAUUCGGUGAUUCGAGGCGUGUUUGGGCCCUGUGUUGUUUUCAGAAUGGUGGUCGUUUAUUCGCGGGGAGGUGGUGAGGGCGUCAUUGCCACGUGGGUUUGGGUUUCUUGGGUCGUUGUGGUGUCCUUCGCCAUCGUUGGGAGCCUUGUGUGGGUUUCGUUUCUUUGCGUUGAGGUGUAUAGAGAAAGGACGAAGAAAUUUGAGGAGAAAAUUCAAAGUUAA